CAUGCUCAGGCAUGAUUGACAGUUGCAGAGCUUUGGUCCAGCAAAAGCAACCUCUAAACAACGAGAAAAACACACAAAUGCAGCACCAGACUCAGUAGAGUGGAGUAUUUUUUUACUAGGAAUUGGGGUUCAAUUCCAAAAAACAAAGAUACAGCAAACCAACAUUUAUUUGGAUUAUAUAAACCAGAGUAUUUUCUGGAAAAUGACAUCACGGAGGACAAUGACACAUUCAUAUUCUGGCAAUGGGAGAUAUGGCAGUCAAAAUGGGGAUGAUGUCCCUUCACCACGUUUAGACAGCCGCAACUACAUCUCCAGUGUCCGGCCUGAAAACAGGUAUUCAAACUACAAACCAAUGAGGAGUACAUUUUGUACUGUCAUGUCUCAGCUGACAGAAGAGACUCAACCAUGUUUUGAGACUACAAUCAAGUCUAAGGCAGUAUCAGAGGCUUGCAACGUGAAAUUCACCUGUGUGGUCACAGGCUACCCAGUUCCUGAGCUGACUUGGUAUAAAGAUGACAUGGAAUUAGACAGAUAUUGUGGUCUUCCCAAAUACGAAAUUUUUCGCAAUGGCAAAAUCCAUAUGCUCCAUAUUUACAAUUGCACAGUGGAUGAUGCAGCCAUCUAUCAGGCAUCAGCCAGGAACAGCAAGGGCAUUGUCUCAUGCUCUGGUGUAUUAGAGGUGGGCACUAUGAGUGAAUACAAAAUCCACCAGAAGUUCUUUGCCAAACUCAAACAGAAGGCUGAGCUAAAACGAAGAGAGUUAGAGCACAAUUACCGCCAUGAAAAGGAUAACAUUCUACCAGAACAACUGAGCAGCGGACAGAACAUUGUUAAGUGGAUUGAUGGUUUAGUACCCAAUUCAUCAUCUAUCCAGGAUGGAGAGGACAAUGAAGUUAAAGACAUGGAAAUAACCGAUGAACAGCCAAAAGAGACUAAUGAAGAGUUAAAUGGGCUUUUAGUAAAAGUCCAGAAAAAUCCAAUGAGAUCUGAAGAUCCAAGUAAGGAAAAUGAUGGUCACAUACAUAUGAGCUCAGAUGUAAGUCAGAAAAAUGGCAAUCAACAGCUUAUCCAAAGUUCUGAGAUGGCAGAAUUUAUUGGCAUCACCCCAUCCACCAAAGAGAAAGUAGAAAGAAAUAUAAUCACAAUCUCUAAUGGAUUUGAUGAGACUUUUACUACUAAAUCUAGUCAAGAUACAGGAGACGGGAUGGACCCACAUGAGGUAAUGAGUCUGGCAAAAAUGUUGGCGGACUCUUUGCAAUUACAAUUUGAUGGACAUCAACAGACUACAUUUCAGUCACAGGAGAUAAAAAACACAAAUAUUAGCACCAUUCAAGAAAGGAAAAGAGAGAAAGAGGUAAUCAAAGAGGGGGAAACAAUGAAAUGUGAAUCAGUUAAGAAUAAAGAGUGGGAACGGUGGUGUGAAGAAGACCAUGAAGGUUCAUUGGAAAAUGUACAAGAUAAUGUUAAACAGCUCAAGCCUGAACACAGAGGUGAUGCUGUUUCAGAAGCAAAGACAUCAGUAUACAAAGAAACAGAGUAUCAGCCAAAGUCUGCACUCAGCUCUGUGUUUCAUUCCCUAAAGGAUAUAUUCUUUGGAAAGAGUAAAAAAUCACCUGAGAUCAAAGACUCCUCAAAGAAAGUCAGUGACAAAGUCAGUGUUGCAAAUGAAAGCAUGGCUGUUAAUAAAGAAACUGGUAAUCUCCUACAAACACAGCCACAAAAUUACAAGACAACAUCUGCUGUUUGUGGUACCAUGCCAGAUCAGCUUGCACCUACAGCAAUAAUUCAGCCAAAGCAGAGUGAAAAGGUUUAUGCAAAUGCAGAUUUUCUCACGGAAACACCUUCAUUAGAUAUUAAGACUGAAAUUGAAAGUUUGAAUUUUGAUAAUCACAUUCAUGGGUUUACUAAAACUUAUAUCAAAGCCUCUAAAUUGAUCUCCCAAGAAGAAGAAAAGGCAGCUGGUCCAGAAGCACUUCAAAAGAACAUCAUGCUGACAGUUUGUGAGGCUUCAGAUGAACAUACAGAGCCCACCAGCGAUGAGCACAUGGUUCAAGUGUGUCAUGAGACUGCUGGGCAGGAAUGCACUGCUCCCACUGAUCAAAGGAUGCAAGAUGGUGAAGAAAUACAAGUUGUGAAAGAAAAAGUUGAUACUACAGACUUCUCAGUGAUAGCAACAGCCUCCAUGCCACAUUUGAACAGUUCAGACUUAGAAAGCUGCAAUAGUUGUUCUGAAGCUCAAAUUACAUCAGUCAACCAAGCAACUCUCCUGGUACCCAAAAAGUGUGUGCACAAGAAUGGUAUUAGAUUGAAUGAGAAAAUACCAGAAUGUAAUCUCAAUAUAGGAAGUAAAAACAAGCAGGAUAUGGCAAUAGCAGAGUCGAGAGAUUCCUCAAAGAAUUCAGAAACAGAUACUGUUGGUGUUACCAAAAGUCCACAAUGCAAUGCCAUUUCUGAAAAUAAAUCAACCCCAGUACUUGACACCAGUCAUGGGGAAUCUUUUAUAAUGCAGAGUAAAACUACACAAAAUAGAAAUUCUGUUCUGGUUCUUAAUAGGAUUAUGGAAAAUGUGCAAGAGUCUUCAGCAGGCUCUGGUAGACAUAAUACUAAUAAAUUAGAAACCAUCAUCGGAAAUAAGGGUAAUACAUUUUACAGUUUAAAAAAAAAUACACAGAAGCAUGAUGAAAAUAGAGAAAAAAAGAUGGUUAAUGAAACUGAGCAGAGAGGUGAUAGCAAAGGAGGAAGCACAAAAUUGAUAUCUGAGCAAGAUAUAGAAAUUUGUAAAUAUAAAAAGGAAGCAGAAAUUGAGGGACUAGAGAGUUUAAAAGCAGUUGAAAAAACAAAGUUUUAUACUAAAGUACAACCAGAAAGGCACACAGUUGACCUUAGGGACCAAUCUCUUGUCUCUCCAAUCAUAAUACUUCCUGAUACACGUGAAACAGUAAUAAAAAAUGUGGCAAAGAUGAGAACUGUGCCAUGUACUCAAGAAAUCAAGGUUAUAGUCCCAGAAAAAGUAAAACAUGAGGAACCAUUCAGUGUGCCUAGAAUAGACGAACUGUUAACAGAACCUCAUAGAGUUACCUAUUCACUGGUUCAUGAGGAUGCAAGUAUGCAUAGAGAUGAUAAACCGUUUUUUCUGGAGCCAACAGGCAUUGCCUCAAGGGCUUCAAACAAAAAUAUUGAAGAUAAUAAAGUGAUGAUAAAUGUAGAGCCUGUAGAUGUUACGUCUCCUCAGCAUGAGUGGUUUCCAUUUGACCAGAGAACACAAGUUAAACCAGAUAAUUUAGAGGCUCAAAUGGUUGAUAAUGAAGAACCAACCAGGGUCAGUGUUGGUUGGAGGAGAGGAAAUGACAACACUAAUAUCCCUAUAAUCAGCAUAGCAUGUGCCGAUGAUAUUAUACCUGCCCAAGAAGAGGAGAAAGAAUUUGUAAAAUGUGUCAUUAAUGAUACAGUUAAUCCAGACAGUGCCGCUCAUAAAAUGCAUGCCUAUUCAUCUUCCUUAAUUCUUACAACAGAUGUAGAAAGUAGUACAGAAAACAGUAUGAAAAAAGAAAUAGUACCAGAGUCUUUGGCUAUUAUAUUUAGAGAGGUGGUGGGUCAUUCUGACAGUGAAGGAACUAAGAAAGAUACCUUAGUGGAGACUAAACUGAACUCCGAUGUCUCUUUGGCAUUGUCACCAAAAGCACAAAAUGCCAUUGCCUAUGACACAGACAAUCUAAACAAAGAAUCAAAAGUGGAACCUGAUGCUGACAGGUUCCAAAAGGAUAAACCUGCUAUGGAGAAACUUGGUUUAACAACUCCUGUUGGACCAACACUUCCCCCACUAAGCCCAGCCAGUUUGCAUAGACUUAUGGCGAAAAAUAACCCUAACUUGGAAAGCCAGGGUUCUACUGUUUCCAUAUUAGGGAAUGGAAGUCAGAGGAAAGGAGAAGAGAGUGGAGGCAGCACCCCCACAUCCACUCUAUCCUGUGAGAGCAGCCCCAAGAUGAAACGUAGAGACAGCCUUACUCUUAUCCCCUCUGCCACCCCAGAGGAACUGGCAUCUGGAGCACGCAGAAAAAUCUACCUUGCCAAAACAAAGUCUGAAGAUGAAGGCUCAGAUACCCAAAGCAAAAAAGAUGGCCCAUACUUGUCACCCAGCCAGGCACGAAGGGCUGCUUUUUUGCAACUUCAAAGUGGGCAACAAGCACAGCAGAUGGAAAAACGUUCACCUUUGUUAGGUCGCCGUAAAACCAUGCUGGAGUUGCACAAACCUAAAGAGGAGCCUUCAGAGGAGAUCAACAUGUCAAACACAGAGAGCAAACCUUCAGAAAAAGAAAGGAUAGACCCCUACAAAGCUCCUCAGGUAAUCCGCAAGAUCAGAGGAGAACCUUUCUCUGAUGCCCUGGGCCACUUAAAGCUGUGGUGUCAAUUCUUUAAUGUGCUUAGUGACUCCACAAUCAAAUGGUUCAAAGAUGAUGUAGAGAUUGCAGAAAUAAAAAGAAGCGCAGGAGAUGAAAAUCAAGUGGCACUGGCCAUUGUUCAGGCAUCCAGCAGAGACUGUGGAGUCUAUAGCUGCACAAUCAAGAAUGAAUAUGGCACUGACACAACUGACUACUUACUCAGCUCAGACAUACUGGCUGAGUUCUUUUUACGGGAUGAUUCAGAAGUGGGAGAAGAGAUUGAGAUGACACCCUUGCUGUUUACAAAAGGCCUGGUGGACCCUGGCUACUGGGGUAAUAAGUUUUUUGGUCGCAUUAUGAUUGAGGAGCUGCAAAUUGGGGAAGGAUGUGCACACAAAAACAGCAGAGCCAAGGUCAUCUAUGGUUUGGAUCCUGUUUUUGAGUCAGGAAGCACCUGCAUUGUCAAAGUGAGAAACCACAUUGUAUAUGGGACCAAUGAAGAAAACUGCUUGGCAGAGAUAAAUUUAGAGAUCACGAGACAGGAAUGUAAAAUCCAUAACACAGUCCGGGAAUACUGCAAAAUCUUUGCUGCUGAGGCGAGAGUGAUCGAUCAGUUUGGUUUUGCAUUAGAAGUGAUUCCUUCAUAUUUGAUCUACCGGCCUGCCAACAGCAUCCCCUAUGCAACAAUGGAGGUUGAUUUAAAGGGGAUGUAUGUGAAAUACUGCACAAUCGACAGCGCUGGGAGACUGGUCACUCGCACCACAUCUGAAGUAGAGCAAAAAUGUUGUACAUUUCAGCACUGGAUCUACCAGUGGACAAGUGGCAAUCUGCUGGUCACUCAGAUAGAAGGUGUAGAUACAAAGAUCACAGGUGUUAAGAUUGCCACCAAGUCCAAAGGCUAUCAGAGUCUCACCGAUGAAGGCUCCCCGAAGAUAUUGGAACAAUUUGUCAUUCAACAUCAGUGCAACUACUAUUGUGGGUUGCUGGGUCUAAGGGCCCUGAUGUCUAUGGAUUGUUCACAGCAGUCAAAGUUAAAGACAUCCAGGAGUCCUUUGCUGGCUCGUAAGGUGGUCCACACUGAUUCAUCCAGCCCACAGUUAUUGAAGAAAUUCCAAAGCAGCCCUCAAACAGUCAAGAAAGUCAACUCAAGUCCCAAAGUAGUCAGAAAGCCUAAUGAAGAUGAGGAGAAUAAUUCUGCAAUCAAACAUUAAACAAAGGAGGUUUGUUAUGAUUUAACAUAAACUAUUGGCAAAAAAUUAUGAAGCCAUCAGGGAAUUCUCUUUCUUAUUAACAUUAUGCUCUAAAUUAGACUUUGGAUAAACAAAAUUCCUUAUUCAUUGGUUGUUCAAGUUGGUUAAAUCGGUAAAACAAAGCAUGCAUAAAUUCCAAUAACAUUUUUCUAAUCAAUAAUUUUGGCUUUGGUGUAUCUGUACAAUCAAACUAUUAUGUGAUCAAUAUCAAAAUAAACAAUAAUUAUAGA